UUAAUAUUACCGACGAUUUUUACCCUCAAGUUACCACUAUUCAAGAGAAAUUUGAUGUGAAAAUGAAUCAUCUACAGUACAAUGAUAUCACGAGCCAGGUAGGCUUACACGAGAAUCAUUUCAAUCCUCAAGCUGAGUCGUUCAGUUCUCGGUUGCACUUACAAACACACAAUAUCGUCGAUAAAUUGGGUCAUGCAUCAAUUUUACCUCAUCAAGUUAUCAACGAUACCUCGAGAUACCACUUAAAUACAACCUUACAGAAUUUCGAUUCGAUGAUGAGACAUAACAGUAUCUACAUCAACGCCAAAGCUGAAUCAUCUACAGGCGAGUCGAGCUUCAAAGAACAAGGCAGAGGUAGCCUGAGUGCUGAGAAGAAAAAUAGUCAUAUAUCGUACAAUAAUCAAUUACUCGAUACAACAACGAAACUACUGCAUAAGAAUUUAUCCAAACAAGACAACGAGUAUUUGAAAUUCUCCACUAGUAUUUAUUCGUCGAUUGCGGAUAAGUCUUCGACGACAUCCAGUAAUAUUAGUACCUGUGCCAGUUUGUAUAAAUCCAAGUUCAUGGUAGUCGAUGUUGGAACUAUGACUGAUCCUUUGACUCUUGAAGAACAAGAGAGGCUGAGCCAAUGGGAAGGUUUUGCUGCUCUGCAAUCGGGAAAUAAAGUUGCUGAGUAUUUGACCAGUUUGAGGGAGUUUCUUAAGAUCGCACCCCCCACCGAAGGUAGAAAAAGACAAGGCUUAGGAGACGUUCGAAUCGUGACAGCUCCCGAUGGCUCAAGAUUCUUUUGCUGUUCCGAAUGCCAUAUGGCCUAUCCUGAUAAAUUCGUCCUAGAACAACAUCUCGCCAAUCACAGAGUCCAGAGACGAUUUAUUUGUAUAGUUUGCGGCGCAGGAUUAAAACGUAAAGAGCAUCUGGACAGACACCAACUAAGUCACAGUGAAGAACGUCCUUACACGUGUGACACGUGUUCGAAAACUUUCAAAAGAACCGAGCAUCUUGCCAGACACUACAUCGUGCAUUCUGGCGAGAAAGGUCACGUUUGUUCGGAAUGUGGCAAAGCUUUUUAUCGUAGAGAUCAUCUGCAGAAACACACUCAGGGUCAUAUUACCAAAAGAUUACGAUUAGCUAUUCAAUCUACUACCUCGAGCUCGAAAGCUAUUUUAUAAAAGCUUCAAACGACGGCCAAUUUUUAAUUAAUUAUGUUUUUAUUUUACACAAUAUACUUAGAGUACUUUUUUUUAGUUACCCCUUUCUUUUAUAUAUUUGAAAAGUUUUUAUCUAUUUCAAUUUUUACCUUAUCGAUAGUUUAUAGAAUGAUAUUGUUAUAAUGAACUUGUUUUUCAGCUUGAAAUAAGACAGUUAUUUAAAAAUCUCGUGUGGUUAAUCAUUUCAACGCUGAUCCCUUCUA